UGGCUGCGGACCUUAGCAACACUGCGCCAUUUCUAAUGGAACAGAAGGGGGGAAAGAUCUGUAAAACCGUCUUUCUCCGUCUGAAAUCUGCGCUUUCUUCAGGCGGAUCGUUUCGCUAUGCAGCGACUGGCCGAAGAUGAAGCGUUUUAGCUGUGAUCUGAGAGGGUUUGGAAGUAUCCGUGCGGCGCUAGAGAACCAUCACGGUGAUGGAGGCCAUAUAUGAGGAGACGGAAGUGAAGGUGAUAGAGGAGGUAGAGAGCUGUUACACUCUAGUGGACCUCCCCCCAUCCAAGAAGAAGAAGAGGAGUAAAGGCAGCGGAGAACAUGCUGAUAAACCCAAAAAACCCCGGUCUGCCUACCUGCUGUACUACUUUGAUGUGCAUCAGAGUCUGCAACAGGAGCAUCCAGACAUGCCCCAGUCUGAGAUCAACAAGCGUAUCAGUGACAGCUGGAAGAGGCUCAACGUGGCUGAUAAAGGCUAUUACCUGGAGAGGGCCAAGAUGGAAAAAGAGGGGGUGGACCCGACCACACAGUCAGCAGCGUCUUCUCAAGAUGUGCCAGGCUUCCGCAAAAUCCUUCCAAGGACCAACUAUAUUCUCCUCCCAAAGAGUUCAGUGGGUGAGGAGAGGUCAGGAGGUUCCAUGGAAGUGUGUCUGGAAGGUGGGGUUGAUUCUCUUGGGGAGGAACCCCCUCAGGCUUCUGCCCAAGAACCCUUGGUGUCCCCUUUGACUCUGGGCAGUGAAGUGGAGCUGGUGGAGCAGUGUAUCGCGAUAGAAGCUCUGGGAGAAGACAAGGCUGCAUCUUUGAGCAGAUCUGCAGCGCUACAAGGAAUUUUGUCUCAGUAUUCCAGCUCGGCUGGAAGACCGCUGGCCUUUGCGCAGGAUGGUCGCCAUGGCACCACCCUGCUGGUGAAAGAAGACGAAGGCAGGGCAGUGGGCGAGGCUUAUGGUGGCAUUGGCAUGGCAGUAGAGGAGGGCCUUGAGGGUGGUGCUAUGAUGCCUUCGGUCAAAGUGGACACAACUCACCUGGUUGCAAUUAUACCCAAUCAGGAACUGGUGGAAAACAAAGUCUUUCCGACAGCCAGUCCCAUAAUGAUGCUCCCCGUGAUGAACCGUGCCAAACCAGACUCAAAACACUCUUUCAAACUGUCUAUAAAGUACACGAGGAGAGGCCGAGGGAGUUGCAGCACUCCUGGAUGCUCUUUCACUUAUGUGACUCGCCAUAAACCACCACAGUGUCCUGAAUGUGGACAGCACCUCGGUGGCAAGUGGGUUCCACCUACGGCCAAAGGAACAGCACCUGGUUCCGCCCCAUCUUCGCGGAAACAGCCGAAGAGUCAGGCUGAUGAAUCCAGUUCUGUUGCCUUGUCCUCUGAAGUGGCACCUCAGAACACUGUCCUGUCCUCUAAUGUGGACACAGGACAGGGAAAGGCUACUGAGAACAAUAUCGAUAAAGCAGCAGUUUCAGAUAAAGUUCAGGACAACAGCUCCGCAGGAAAAGGAGAGGGUGGAGCGAGUGCCCUAAAGGGUGGACGUCGUAAGAGAGAAAAGACAGGUGCAGUUACAGCGUACCAACCAGCAGAUGGCGACCUCAUCAAAAAUUCGGAGGGCUCUCAGGGUGCUGAAUCAACAGGUGUCAUCGGGUUAAGUGGCAGCCGUGUUCGCAUCAUUAGUAAAGACAAGAGCAGCAGUAGUGGUCAGAAACGCCGGAUUAGAGCCAUUCUCCCUGCCCCUUCUACCUCAAGUAUUCCAUCUCAGCCAGCUGUUGUUCAGUGGAUAGCAGUACAACCAAGUAAGAUAAAAAGUGACACAAAAAUCAACAGCAGAACAGUUAAGGCCCCCAGUGAAAGGAUUCUGGGCCUGAAACCAAACACUCUGAAGCAGCUGGGUCGCUCUGUGGCUCCAAGCACCUUAGAGCAGAAACCUACUGCAAUCAACAGCAACCAGUACAUCGUAACAGAUAACGGAGUGAAGAUCCUGUCCAUGGUGCCUUUCAAGCAAAACUCGGGCACUUCACUGGCUCUCGGCUUAUCCACAGCGCGUGGUAGGGGUAGAUGUAAAAACCCUUCCUGUGAUUACAUUUAUAAGAAUCGACACAAACCUCAGUACUGUCCCAGCUGUGGAUGCGAACUCACCACCAAGACAGCCAAGAAAGCCAAAGUACCGUCGUCUCCAGAGCCGGAGAGUCGCUCCGCAGGUCUGCUAGACCCGUCCCUGCCCUUAACCCCAGCUCAGAGAGAACUCCAGCGCCAGUCCACUGUGACCCUGCUCAAACACAGCCUGCAGUACCCUGAGAAUGAGGCCGAGUUGCAGGACGUGUUCAGCCUUAUCCACAGCCUCAACCACGCGCAGAGAGAGAGGGAUGUAGAGAGAAACGAAGACUCUGUGUCCCCGCAGAACGGUUGGCCAAGCUCCUACGAGCCGGCGGCCACUCACUGCAGCUUGUGCCACUAUCCGCUUUACAGAGGAGAAGAAGGUUGUGCGUUAGCAGGGCAGCAGCAGUGCUGGUUAGUGACUGAGUCUCUGCUGCAGCCGGUCUCUCUACAGCUGAAAGUGUGUCUUAAUCUGCAGUGCCUGACCAUCCACAGCUUCACUGACCUGCACCCAGGUUUGUUUAAUGUGGGGAACCAGCUGCUGGUGAGUCUGGAUCUGUUUUUUAAGAUCAGAACCCAAAUCAAACUGGGUCAAGACCCCACACUCGCAGCCCUGGACAUUCUCAACAACACCCAGACUCCAUCAGGCUGUGUGUUUAGUUCAGAAGUGCAGACUCAUUUGCAGGAGUUGUUGUGUAGUGGCUACUGGGCGUUUGAAUGCCUGACAGUCCGUGACUACAACGACAUGAUCUGUGGUGUAUGCGGCAUUGCCCCUAAACUGGAAAUUGCCCAGCGCAACACAAACAUUGUCUUGCAGCUCAAGAAUGUGGAGUUCACGUGGCCGGAGUUCCAGGCAUCAGAGGAGGUUCAGGUGGAGGAGUUUUGGCUGGCGAUGGAGAGUGAAGCUCUGGAGCAGGCCGCCUUCCCCUCCAGCGUCUCCAUCACACGCUUCGACGCCUCCAUCAUCGCUCCCUUCUUUCCUCCACUAAUGAGGAGCACUGUGGUCAUUAACACUGAAAAAGAGAAGAUCACCACCAGCACACCCCACACAGGAGACCUGUCAGUGCUGGUGCGAUUGAUCCAUGACGGUCAUCUGAGGCCAGAAGAAAUGGACCAGCACACUGAGGUGGAGCUACGACACAUACUGGAGCAAUGUGGAACACCUUCAGCACCUGACAGCACCAAGGAUGAGUUGAUGGUGUCUGUGUGUUUACUCUAUGCACAAGUUCAGAAUGGCCUCUCAACAGCCCCCCAACCUCCCCAACAUCUAACUGCAGGAAAACUCAGCAAAGUCUGCCCUCACCAGGUGGUGUGUGGCUCCAAGUACCUGGUGCGUGGAGAGAAUUCCCGGGACCACGUGGACCUGCUGGUGUCCUCUCGCUUCUGGCCGCCUGUGUAUGUGACGGACUGUGCCCAGAAGGUGGCGCUUUGUGCAGAUGUUCUCUACCCUGAGCUGGCGUCUCAGAUGUGGGGGAGGAAUCAAGGCUGCUUCUCCGAUCCCACAACAGCAGCAGAGUAUGUCUCCUGCUCUGAGCUGCAGGAUCAGCAGUACAGUGUGGAUCUCUCCUCUGUGGACUCUAACCCCCGCCUGCACCCAGUGACUAAGUCCCUGUCCCGCUGGAUAGUGCGUCCCGGUGGUCCUGCUGAUUCUAACCUCUCCGCAAUGUCCUCCUCCCCGGACCCCCACCAUGCCAUCACGCUCUGCAAGGAGCUGCAGCCUUACGCCAGUCUUGUCUCAGCCCUAACCAGCAGCUCAGGAGAAGACAAGGGCCUAUCAGGGGACAGCAAACCUCUAGUGUUCGAUAACCCGGCGCAUUACUACCUCUACAACCGGCUGGUUGACUUCAUGAGCAGCAGAGACAUCGUGAGUCAGCAGAUAGCGGAGGUGCUGAAGGUAUGCCAGCAGGGCGAGGUGGUAAUGAUCCGGGACGCACUCUACAGGCUCGGAGUGGCACAGCUGAACACUGAGGAGGAGCAGGGUGAGGACGAGGGAGAGGGAGACAUGGACGCUGUCACCGUGGAAGAUAUGGUGUUGGAAUGAGAGAGGAGGAAUACAGCCAUCCCGGGUACGUGACCUGUCCAUGUUCUGCCCACAGAUGUGUCUUUUUGCAGCUACUGUUUGAGGUUGGGCAAGCUUUAUGUCCAACAUCAAGCAAGUUUACAUCCAGCAACAAGCAUUUGGAAAAAUCCCAUUCAACCUAAUAAGAAAUUGCAGAGUAGGCUUGAGCCGUUUGAAGAUAAGUCAGUGAAGUUGUAUGAUAUAAAUGUCAAAAAAAUGAAGAUGGACUAAAGUAAUCAUAUUUGUCUUGUGAUCUGUUGUGUAGUCCAUGUUAUAAAUUAGCCCUGAUAUGCAAUAUUUUUAUGAACAUUCUGUAGGAACGCAAGGCAGCCAUGCUGCAGAAUGCCUUUCACCCUUUUCUUUGGGGGAGGGUGAGGGGGGGUUCACUCAGCGAUAGUAUACUGCACACAAUCUCAUAAGCCUAUUGUAGAGCCCAACUCAGCUUUAUCAAAAUACAUGAAUUAUUCAAAUCAGUUCACUGCAAUGUUUUGAAGAGCCUAAGGCCUGACCGAUAUAUCAGUUGGCUGGUAAUAUCAGCUGAUAUUGACAACCUGCGGUAUCUGUAAAAAUAUUGCGGAUAAUAAAUGACCUUUUGGUUGUGGGAUUGCCAGGAUACGGAUGUGCGACUGUGGAAACCAAUGUAAGUUUAGAACCGCUCUCUGUUUAAAACCACGUGUCAUGGAAAAAACAAAUUUUCCUAGAUUUUGGGAAUAAAGAGUUUGAUGUUGUAUGUAAACACUGUUAAACAAGUUUCAAAACAUAUUGUUCACUUUACAGACCAUAUAUGGAACCUAAGCUGCACAAACAGCCUGAAAUAUAUUGUUUUAGUCAAAUGAUGACUUAAAACAUAUUUAGUUAAAUAUUUUUGAUGUCAUGAAAAAGCAAAUCUUUUUCAUACAUCUGCCUAUUCAGCCUAGAGCACUUUAAUCCCACCCACUCACGCUAAAGUUAUAAGGAGUGUUUCAGCCCAUCAGAACAGAGCUCAUAUAAACAAAUAUAUGCGUAUAUACAGAUAACAGCCGUAGUAACGACGUAGUAACAAAAACAGCCAAUUCUAAGGGAUAAAGAUAGUUUGGAAAAUGGUCAAGUGAAAAUUAAAACACAUAAAACUGCACAAACCUCUUACGUGUGACAAAACAAAAUGCAAGAAAAAUGUAGUAUGUGGGCCCUUUAAACUACAUCUAAGCAAUAAUGGUCAAACUGGUGAAUUUGAAAAAAAAAAAAAACAGUUAAAAUCUAAAAUAUAAAUCUACAAAUGUAUCAGCUGAUGUUGACGGUUGUCAGGCUUUAGCCCAUUAAAAUCAUAUCACCUACAGAUUGUUGCUCUCAGUUAGGCCCUAGUUGCUACACAACGUUUACAUUUCAGGUUAAAUUGCGCUGCUGAGCUUCACUCUGUUGCUGUAGCUGUAUCAUAUCUUGGCAGAUUGAAAAUGACGACAACAACAACAACAACAUACAAUUGAAAUUAAUAACGCAAUCAAAAUUCAGCUACUCUGACAUCUUAUUAUUAGCUUGAAUGGGAUUUUUCUCAACUUUCUGUAAUGCUUGUCUGGUCUCACAAUAGCUGCUAUGAAAGAACACAUUCGUGGGCGGAGCAUAGAAGGUUGAGUGGGACUGUUGUGUGGGCCUCACUGAAAAUGAGGAAUGAGGAAAGAGUGGGAAGAGUAACUCAGACACUGUGAGACAGACUUUCAGAUGCAGAAAGAAAUGCAAAAGCAACAGCACCAAAAGACAAGGCACUGUGUGGACAGUAGUGAUGUUAAGUUAUAGUAAAGGAGGACGCUAUUUAUUGCUAAUUAGAAUAAUGUGUGUUUGUAACCAAGAAACAAAAAGUAAUAGUGUUUAUGAUCAGUGUGUGUUAAUGACGAUUAACUGUGAUAUUGUUUAUAUUAAAGAAAACUGCUUAUUGCAAAAAUUAACAGCUUUUAUUGCAACUCAGAUUAACGUCUGUAUUUCCACAUAUUUAUGUUCUCUCAGGCUUUACCUUUUGCCCAGUACUUUAUCACAUGCUGCCUCUAAAUGUAUCUGUUUGAGCGCUAUGAUCAAUUGGUUUCGCUGAUUGGCUUUACAAGCUGGUACUGACAAAAUAAAUUAAAUGAAUUGUGCAUGACACAAAUCAGUUGGAA